AUGCGCCGAACUGCUAGACUAGAAGCCAGUUCCGGCAUACACAGACUGAGACUAGUCAGAGCACGACUGGGAAAAGUGAUUUGUUCUUGGCACCAAUACCAGGGCAUUUUCCUCGUCCUUCCCCGCGCGGCGUCUACUCGCUCGCCUGCGCCCGAGAUGGGUCGAUUGUCGUGGUCUGCGGACUUUCGGUUGAGUGUGGAACUCAAGCUUGUGUCUUGCGGAUACUUGCCCCGGUUUCCAGUUUCCCCGAAUGGACGGUGCCAAGCCUUUUCCAGGAAGGACUGCAAAGCCAAGCCAAGCAAGCCGAGCCGGGUAGGAGGAGGAGCCUGGGGCAGAGGUCCGCAAUUAAGAGGCCGCCAGCUGCAGCUAUCCCAUGCUUAUUGUUCGUCCUGCAGAGUGGUGCAGACACCCCAACUCAACCUCACAUGCCGUCAGCUAGGAGAGAACCAAGGUGAUACCCGGCGCGUUUGGUUGAGCUAG